UUUCUAACAUCAUUUUUUUUUUCUUUUGUCAGUAGCAAAAGAGUUGGACAAAGUUACCUAGUGGAGUAAAAUACAUUCCAACAUCUAGCUUCUUUUGUCCCAAUUAUUUCAAAGUAAAAUGUCAAUUCGAACAAACAAAAUGAAAGCCGUAGGUGUGUUGAUGAAGCAGUUGACAACAUCAAGGAGGAAAUUCCAUGAAAAAGGAAGAGAUGAAUCAUUUGAUGGAGAGUUAGAGAAGUUGCGGUUGGUUCUGAACAAUAUAAAGGAUGUGUUUGUGGAAGUGAAGAAGAAUGAAGAAAAACUGCUGGACACGUUAGCAGAGGUGUAUGACCAUCUUCGCAAGUUAGACCGCAGGAAGCUAAAUGAAGACAUGCAUAACAUUUGCAAGAGUAUCAAAGAUUCUGCUCUUACUUUGCUCCCAAUGCUUGUUUUUGAUGAUUCUAAUAACAGAGGUGACAAAAUAUCUCACUCAUCAGAAGAGUUGGUGCAGUCCCAUCAGAAGGAGAGUUGGACUCUGGAACAUAUGAGUUGGAGCGAUUUGCACGAUUUGAACUUAUUAAAAGAUUACUUGUGUUCUCUCUUAGUUUUCCUUCCAAAUGUUGUGAUAAGGAAAAGAAAUGCAAUUAACUUGUGGAUUGGGGAGGGUUUGAUUAAAAAUACAGAGAAGAAAACAGCAGAGAAAUUGGGUGAGGAUGUGCUUGCUAAUCUUUUGAAACUUAAGGUGAUUGUGAGCUAUGGUAGUAGAAAGGAUCCCAUUGUCAAUAAAUUUCAAAUUUCUCCUCACGUCCGUAGUCAAUUGAAGACAUAUUUUGAUAAAGAGUUAAAGUAUUUGAAACCAUCGCGGUUACUGCUUGAAUUAAAAAAAGUUACAGUAGAUGGAGUUGAUGAGAAUUUACUUAAUAUUUUUAAUAUUGGUGCAAGUUAUCUGAAUUUUAAACCGCAAUGGAUCACCGAUGAAUUGAAGAAUUUAGAGGUGCUUCAACUGGGACGGUGGCAAGAUUCAGCAUUGCAUCACAUUGAAGUUGGGAGUCAAGAAUUCUUGAGAGAGCUGAGAACUCUGAAGCAUUUAAAAUAUCUGAGUUUGCGUGGGAUAUCAAGAAUAUUCGAGCUUCCGUCCUCCAUUGCUGAGCUUGAGAGUCUACUAAUUCUUGAUCUGAAAGCAUGUCAUAAUUUGGAAAGACUGCCUGAUGAUAUUUCAUCAAUGAAAAGUCUAACGCAUCUAAUUAUGUCUGAUUGUUGCUUACUGGAGGGCAUGCCAAAGGGGAUUGAGAAGCUCACUAAUCUCCAAGUACUCAAAGGAUUUUUAAUAAGCACUUCUGAAAAGACUCCUUGCAGAAUAUCAGACCUUAGAAAUUUGAUAAAACUGAGACGACUCAGCAUAAAUAUAGGAAGGGAGGCCAUGAUCAAGGAUGGGGAGUUUGAAAGUUUGAAAUAUUUUUCAGCACUUCAGCAUCUCAAAAUAUCUUGGAGUACGUCUGACCUAAGGUAUGCUCAAUUUCCUAUCUAUUUGCCAAAAAAUUUGACAAAGUUGCAUCUUGAAUGUUUUCCUGGACGGAGUUUGCUGGAAUUUUUUUGUGCAGAGGAUUAUAAAAAUGAUAUUAAAAUACGCUACACGAUACCACGUGAGCUACAUGUAACUGGAGGAAAACUGCAAAUUAUAAAUGACAUAAGAAUGCCAAGUGUGGAAAUUCUGCGUUUAAAGUACCUUAAGCAAUUGAAUGUCGACAUAGACAGUGGCGGUGCCGUGAGUGUGUGGCGGUGCGGCGCAGUGCGGAGAGGUGGUAGACGUUGGUUUCGUUUGCGGGUUGUUGGGCGGUGCGGUUGUGUUUGCUGCUUUGCAGCCGGUGUGUGCGGCGACACGAAGGGUGCUGGUGCGGUGGUGCGGGGCGGUGGUUCUUGCUUCAACAGCGCAGAAAUUGCUUUAGCACUUGUUAUCAGAAGAUUGGAACAUUUUGUCAGUUAUUCCAUUCAACCUGUAAAUGCACUGAUGAACUGCUGUGGAUAUACCUUCCCUGACAUGGUAGUUAAGCAAGGUAUAUGGUCUACACGACAAAAUGUGACAAAAUUAAGUAACAUGCAACUUCGUAAUCUCUGUCACGAUUAG